GCUACAGUUAAUUUUGGCGCUGUUAAUAAUGUGCUGCGGCAACCGUCACAAAGCGGAGUUACUAUGCAGCAUACCCACAUACCAGAGCGAAAGAUUUCGCCAUCAAGAUAGUGCGUGUGCGCAAAAGCAUGGUCCAGUGUAGAUUCACCGGUUCGUGCAUUGUCUAUUAUCCAAGACAACCGCCGCAAAACAUUGUGGGUUUCGUUGGAAAUAUUAGCACACUGUUAGCUGUGGCCUUUUUUUCCAAAACUCGCUGUUCCAUUGUACAACCACAAAUAUAAUGCGCCACUUCAGUCCCCUUUGUUCAGCACCUUAUAUAAGGCUGGAGAGACUUGUCAUUGCCUAUCCAUAACGAACAUGCCUUCUUUUUUUUCCAAGUUGUUCAAAGCCGCAACGAUCAAUAUCUUCUCUCCUCGUCGUGACUGUCACUCUAACGACUUGAAGACCACAACAGCUCAAGAAACUGGGACUUCCGCGAGACAACUCGUCAGACAACAACCCGAGCCAUUCGAACUCGUCCGUCCACCAAAGCAGCUGCACAUCAAUCCGAUCAUAGGUCGUCCUUACGUCCAGCACUAUGGAUAUGCAAUCCCCCAUGACUGGCUAAUCCGUUUCGCAGAGAAAAAAUGUCCAGAAGUGUUGCUCGAACGUGAUCACAAAUCCUACAAGUUCCACGCCAUGAUGCGAGGACGCGAGCUUAUUUCAACUCGGUCGGGCUCGUUCCAUUUCAAAUGCUGUUUCAAUCCAAAGGAUGGCUCGGUUCCUCCUCUGUGGUUCGAAGCGUUAAUGACUAAAUACUUCAGAUCUGGCAGCGAUGAGUUCAAGGCCGUUCAAAUGGACAUCGUACCGGUGUUCACUGUGUGCUCUGAACAAGAAGACUCUUAA